CACGCAACGUGACGCCUGACCUAGUUCAUCCUGCCAAGGAUUCCGAGUCGAGUCCUAAGGAUACUUCUGAAUCCCCACUUGUACCGGCCACCAAGCUUCCUGUAUCAUUCGCGGCUGCUAUGGCUGCGCCGGACAUUGUAAAAGAAGUACCUGUUUCAGCCUAAAAACCAUCGAUGUGCGGUUUACAAACAUCUUCGUCGAUGGAUGCUUCCAGCAAGCCAUUUUGUUUAUUUCUCAAGUUGUUAUUGUAUUCUUGGGUUGCCUGGUACUGUUCUUCUCACUAUUUUCUCUUCGCAUCUAUCCUCGUCAAUGAUCUGUCCUCCGCAUCUAACACCUCACGCACAUAUCACAUCACGCACAGUUUUGUCCCGCAUCGUCAUUGGUUACUCUUAUUCGCCUCCUUGUGUAGAUAUAUAUUAUCUUGCGCUAUUUUUCUUCUGCUUUUGUUUUCUAUUAUGAUUCCUUCACAUCCUAUAUAGCUGCCGCUUUACACGUACAAACAUAAAACUACUUACUACAGGUCUACUAUUAUGUCGGACGUGCUUACC